AUGGCUCGCAAGAAGGUGAACCUCCAGUACAUCCCCAAUGCCUCCACCCGUCGUGGCACCUUCAAGAAGCGUAGUCGUGGCAUGAUGAAGAAGGCAGGUGAGUUGUCCACCUUAUGUGGUGUCAAUGCCUCUGUCAUCAUAUACGAAGAGGGUGAUUCGAUGCCACAAGUGUUCCCAUCCCACUCAGAAGCAGUUGACAUCCUAAACCGGUUUAAUAAUAUGCCGGAACUGAAGCAAUGCAAGAAAACAAUGGACCAAGAGUCCUUCCUCCUCCAGCGCAUCAACAAGCUUCAGGACCAGGUGUACAAGUCCAGGCGUGACUCCCAGGAGCGCGAGAUCAGGUUCCUCCUGCACAAGGCCAUGUCCGGAAACCUCCAAGACCUCGCGGUGCUAUCCACUGAGGAGCUUACCUAUGUUGGAUGUAAUGUUGAUGCGCACCUCAAGAGAAUUAGUGACCGCAUCACGAAGAUCUGCGGGCAGCCGCCGGUCUACCAACCAUCUGUGGUGCAUGCGCCCAUCCCCAUCAUAUCCGAUGACAAGAACAUAAUUGUUCCUACAAAUAUGCAUAUGGAUCAGGCACCAUUCCAGCAGCAUGAGGGUUGGCUUAACAUGGUGAGCUCCAGAGGAGGGGACCUCGGUGCUCUCACGUACAAUGGCUUCAAUGAUGGUUGCAGUGGUACCUCUGUAGUUGGCUUCAAAGGUGAUGACAUGAUUCAACCCUUUGAUUUGGGCGACGGGUCUAGUUGUCAAUGGGGUGCCGCCCAUCUCGGGAUGUCUUCAAGCAAUUACCCCCCUAUGUAA